AUGAGCUCGACCGAUAAUAUUGGAGGCAUUCGACUGCCGAGUAAUGUCAGCAGUCGAGCCAAGAUAGACGGCGCUAAGCAUCAAGAAACUGCAGACGUACUGUCACAACCAUCACAUCCAUCACACAGCACUCCCAAGCAGAAUAGCACACUUCUACAUUGCGUUUCCCAACUACAGCACCCCAACAACCUGCAAGAUCCGUUUUUUUCUCUGCUUGCCACAAGCGAAGAGUCCCCUACUAGAGUUUUCGAAACCGACCAUUUACUGGACCAUUUGAAAUCGGUUGAGGCCAGCAUCGGCUUUGCUUUACUGGCGUUAGAUACUACUUACAAUCACAUAGGCUACUCUCUGGAAGAAAUCUCUAGCAAAAAGGCAGAAAUAUUCUGCAAGAUCCAGCAGACAAUCACGGGAUUUGCUGAUAAUUUGCAGCGGGAACAACAAACAAUUGAAAAUGAGUGCAAGUGGCUCCGACAACAGAUACAAUUCAUCCUUGCAAUGAGCAAUGAUUCCCGCGGUGACAAGAGCUUGACGCUACUACAAAAGGGGCUAGUUUUCGAUAAUGUGCAGCAGUAUACUGACGGGUUCAAGGAACAAGUGUUGGAGAAGUUAUCCAGUUCAAGCUUCCGAAGGGGUUGCAAUUUAGAUAUGGGACAACGGUACGAGAGCAUGACACGCAACAUUCCAAAAUUGACCUUGCUUGAACAGCGUGCCAAUUUGAACAAAGUGUUUAUCGUGGCUCUCAAGAGUUUUGUGGGCAAAUUUCGCGUCUUUAAUUCUUUGAAUUUGGAAUUGAUGGAGAUUAUUGAUGUUGUUGGCGAGUUGCCCCUCGCCAGCGGGCUCAUUCGAUCUCUACCUUGUCGACUGGACGCUGAAGCUCACCUCUCACUAAUCAACGAUUUCGAAGAUACUUUGGUAGAGGGUGAAACUCCAUUGAAUCUAGCACCUAAAAGCACUCAAGAUGGAAAUGGAGUUGAAGUUUUCAUAUUGGCUAGUCCGUUGAAAAUGGGGAACGUCACGACAAAACAGAUGGAUGAUUCUCGAAUCUGUCGAUUGCGUGAGUUAAACUACCAGUUGUUGCGAAUCAUCCGUAGCUUGAAGAUCACCAAGAUCACGCCGGAUUUGAUACUAACGAUGAAGCAAGAAAUUGCAAUAACCAAGGAAGAAUGCGAAAGACGCAAACUAAUCAUGAUUGAAAAAGCACAAAUGUGCUUGGUAUGUAUUGAAUCUUUGCAACUACAAGAUGAACAGUUGAUAGAGCUACAAAAAGCCAAUUUGGCCGACUUUAAUUUCCCGGCACAUCUAGAUUUGAAUUGCUUGCAUACCAUCGCCAAGGACCCCACGGCUCUCGGAAUGCACGAUGUGCUGAUAAGUUACUUGAGUGAGCUCCACAUGGAAUUGCAAAAAAGGCUUGACCAAAAGCAAGAUGAAUGGAGGCAUUACUCGGAAAAAUGUUCAUACUUGUGGUCCAAACUAGGCGAAAAUUGCGAGUAUGUUGAAAAUUUUACCACGAAAAACAACAACCUAUCAGAGUUUGCUAUAAUGAACUACAAGAUGGAACUAAAAAGAUUAAUGAUUAAACGGUCGGAGCAUAUUGAAACAUUCAUCUCGGAUUCGAGAGCCGAAAUAAAGCAGCUUUGGGAUAAAAAUUUUUACUCUCAGGAAAUGAGGAUGCAGUUUGAGUAUUACAAUUACGAUGCCGACUCAGACUCGGAUUUUGAUAAUACGAGUAAAGAGUCAAUACUCCAGUGCCACGAGGAAGAAGUACGCAGAUUGACACAGGAGUAUGAAAGCAAGGCCCCAAUUUUCAAUUUACACCAAGAGUUGAUGGAUUUGAUCAAAGACCAAACAUUUUUACACGAAAGUUCAAAAGAUUCCUCUAGGUUAUUGAGAAAGGAUUCGUGCAAGAUUUUGCUCAACGAAGAGAAAAUCCGCAAAAGGAUCAACAAACUCAUGCCCACGCUUCUUUCGAACUUGAAAAAUGAAGUGGUGUCGUACAAUCAACGCAACAACGGUCAAACUUCGCCACUACGUCUCAAUGGCGCCGAUUUCCAUCAGGAAAUAUUGAGGAUUGAGAGCGAGCAGAUCAAAGCUGGAGUUCGCAUUAAGCAGAAACCGAAACCAUUGUCGCCAGCAAAGAGAAGUGUAAGCGGUGCAAUUGUUGAGUCUCCACAUCUAAAGCACCCCAAACUUGAGCCGCUUGCUUCAAAAGUUCGAGUUCUCAAAUCACCUACCACUGCCAAUACUACCACAAUUACAAAACCUACUACAGCUACUGCAGCUACAAUUGGCAGGCACAACCUAGCAGGCAGCACCAGCGUUUUCAAAUCACCUAAUCUAGCUGGACCAACUUCAAGUGGUUUUACCAGUGACUCUUCAACGAUAAGCAUGGUGAGCCCGAUAAAUGCCACCAAAACCAAUUCACGCGACUCGCAUCCUCCAGUAAUAAGCGAGUUGCGAUCUCCCUUGAAAGCGAGAAGAGAGCAGAGUCUCAACAUCUUGCGUGGUUCGCCGCCUGAAAAGCUCCCCAAAAUAAGAAAGACCGACAACAAAAAGCAUGCUCAAACAGACUCCCUUGAUGAGAACCAGAGUAUUUACAACGGGCAAAAUUCAAGCUCACUCAUUGGCGAUGAAUAUUCCAAUUGGAGACAAGAGAAAAUCAGAGAGCGUAAUAACGAAUAUUUAUGA